AUGCUGUCAAGACAAGAUUAUGACCAUGAGUCUUUUAUAAUAGGACUAUGUCUUGCGAUAUCAUCAAGUGUUUUUAUUGGGUCAAGUUUUAUUAUAAAAAAAGUAGCCCUUAUAAAGAUUAAUGAAACAGGUAACAUAAGAGCUUCUGCAGGAGGAUAUGCAUAUCUAAAACAAUGGAUGUGGUGGUUAGGCCUAAUAACAAUGGGCAUAGGUGAAGCAGCAAAUCUUUUAGCUUAUGCAUUUGCUCCUGCAUCUUUAGUUACACCUUUGGGUGCUUUAAGUGUUCUCGUUGCUGCAAUUCUGUCUUCAAAGUUUCUUCAUGAAAAACUUAAUUUUAUUGGAAAGAUUGGAUGUUUUCUGUGUAUUGUAGGUUCAAUUAUUUUUGUAAUUCAUUCACCAAAAGCUGAAGAAAUAAAGAAAUUUUCAGAUUUGUGUGAUAAGUUAACAGAUUAUGUUUUCUUAACAUAUGUUGUAACAAUACUAGUUAUUACUUUAAUACUUAAGUUAUCAAACUUCGUGAAUGGAAUCACUCCACUACUCAAGUUACCGGCCCAAAAUAAUGUGAAAGAAACGGCGAAAAAGAAAGUGGACUCUUCAACAGACUUCUCUUCAGGAUCUGAUGACGGUUCAAAAACAUCUGGGGAUGACCACGAAACAUCGGACGAGGAUCGAGACCCUAAAAAACUCAAUGCAAUGCUCCCUCGUCGUCGAAUGGUUGGUGUGUCAGACAAGACACCUUUGCUAUCACCGGACGAGUUAAUUCCUUAUAAUAAAUUAAACAAAAACGGAUCUGUAUUCCAGCAGCCUAUAUCAUAUAACCCUGAAAGUACUUUUUACAAAGGAAUAGAAGAAAGUGAUAUUAAAUUUGACUUUUUGGAAGAAUUUAUAUUUGAACCAGUUAUGGCAUCCAGGGAUAGAACUCAAGAGUUUGUGUCUACAGUCCGUAGUCUUCAAGGACGGACUUUGGCUAGACCAGUAGUUAAAGAUGAAAGAAAAGCAGCUGUGCUAGCAACUUAUUCACAAUUUAUGAGCAUGGCAAAAGUCAUAAGCAAAAAUAUUACAAGUACUUAUGCUAAAUUAGAAAAGCUUGCAAUGUUGGCAAAAAAGAAGUCUUUAUUUGAUGAUCGGCCAAUGGAAAUACAUGAACUAACAUAUAUAAUUAAAGGUGAUUUAAAUUCACUUAAUCAGCAGAUUGCUAGAUUGGGUGAAAUGCCAAGAGGUCGUAAAAGUAUGCACAGUCAUUCAUCAAGUGUUGUUCUAGCUUUGCAAUCUAGGUUGGCAUCUAUGAGUAAUCAGUUUAAGCAGGUCUUGGAAGUUAGAUCAGAAAAUCUGAAACAUCAAAAUAAUAGACGAGAGCAAUUUUCAAGUACUGCUCCAGUGAUAAAAGAAGUACCAACAUUGUUGCAACCUGAUGAAAUCAGUAUAGAUUUAGGUGAAGGAUCUAGUUUGCAAACUCAGCAAUUAGCCUUAAGAGAUGAAACUGACACAUAUGUGCAACAAAGAGCUGAAACAAUGCAUAAUAUUGAAAGUACUAUUGUUGAACUAGGUGGCAUAUUUCAACAAUUGGCUCAUAUGGUCAAAGAACAAGAUGAAGCAAUAGGUAGAAUUGAUGCUAAUAUUCAGGAAGCUGAAAUGAAUGUAGAAGCAGGUCACAGGGAAAUUCUCAAGUACUUUCAGAAUAUCACUGGUAAUAGGGCACUUAUGUUUAAAAUAUUUGGUGUACUGAUAUUUUUCUUUAUAUUCUUUAUUAUUUUUAUGGCA